UUCAGCGGAAGUUCACGAUAGCAAAUGUUGUAAUGGACUUAUACAUAUUAAAACUUUAUCGUUUUACCUGUGUUAUACAUGCUGUACGUCUAAAAUGGACCGUUUGAUAGACUCACAUUUCUUCAGAAUUUACAAUAUUACCAAUUCCAUGUUGCUUACCUUGGGAGCCGGAGCUGUAUUCCUAAUAAGUGAAAACUAUCGAAAGAGAAUCGAUAAUUUUGAUGACGACAAAGGGCUUACAGAGUUUGGCAGGCACCUAGAAGAUUUGAAUACCACACUUGUUAAGUUUGAACGUAUUUUGUACAGUUUUGAAUGGGAAAAUAGAAAAGUGACAGGAAAUAGAGAUGAUGAUAAUGAAUUUUUGUGGCAUGAUUCAAAGUUGAAUAGAAUCGAUGUUACCUUGAGUGCAGUUGAAUUGAAAAUUCAUCAAUUAAGAAAAUCACUAAAGGCACAACAGAGUCGAAAUUCUUACAAAGAUUCUAUUGCAAAAGAAGAAUCAGAUUCAGACUCAUUUCAAUCUGCAGCAAGUGGUAUUGAUGAUGAGGUAAAUGAAGGUGCUGUUGAUGAUUUUGUUAGAAAAAAAGCUCUUAGUGUUGCUGGUGCUCACAGGGAUAAGGAAUUUUAUUUGAUGGGAUUAGAAGAAUAUUUUAGACAUGGAGUAAGAUGUCGAAAAAAUAGAACUAAAAUUGUGGGUUGUGCCAGUGAAAUUGAAUAUUUGGCAAAGGUGCAUUGUAUUCGAAAAGCUUCUAAGGUGGUGUUUUCAAAAGAAAAUGUUAGACUCAAACUUGAAAAACAUUUGACAUAUCUGCUUAAGUUUUUGAUAACAACUGCUAACAGAGACCAUGUUGAAUGUGAGAAAAGAUGGAAAGCCUUGUUGGAAUUUUGCAAAAAUUCUCAAAACUUUAACAUUAUGGAAAAUGAAUUGAAAGAAAGACAUGUACCAUACCAAACGUUUUAUGAUGUAGUUUUGGAUUUUAUACUAAUGGAUGCAUUUACAGACUUAGAAAAUCCACCUUAUUCAGUGCAAGUUGCAGUUCAAAAUUCUUGGCUUCCUGCGUACGUACAACGAACAGCUUUAGAAACUGCAGUUUGGGGAGUGCUAAAGGCAAAAAUACAGAUUUUAGAAGAGCCUGCUGGAUUCCUUAUGCACUUUUACCGUCUUUCAGAGAUCGUUACACCAGCUCUCGCUUGGGGUUUUUAGGGUCAGACGAAAAACUAAGAGAGGCAUGUUUCAUUUUUAAGAAUGAGCUGAUGGGUUUUAUCAAAGACUUGUUUAGCUUCAGAAAAGCCGACUUUACAAACGUUGAAAGUUUGUCGUUAGAUAUUGAAAGAUUGGCUGAUGAAAGAUAUGCAAAUUUACUGCUCUUGUUCAAAGAAUCAACCUUUGAAUAUUUGAUAGAUGGCAAAUAAUAAAUCAUAGCUAGCGUUUUUGCAGCCACCCAAUAAUGCCACGGUGCCAUGCAUUGCAGUUUUUUGAAAAUAUUUAGCAUGUAGGAUAGCACUUUCUGUUUGUUAUCUUAGUUAUCUUCGAAAAGAUUUUGAUCACUCGAUUAAGCGCCUUGGGCGUCAAGAAUUUUUUUCUGCUCUGAAA